GCCUUUGAAGUCCCAGCCAAGCAGCCCAAGUCAACACUCAUUGGAAUCCAAUACCUUCAGCUUUUGCAGUUUUGUCGAUCGGCCUCCAUUGUUGGUCUCCAUCGAACCACGGGGAUCAUGGAAGAAGCAGCCGCAACCGCGAAGCUCAACGUGGUGCUGUUCCCGUGGCUGGCGUUCGGGCACAUGAUCCCGUUCCUCGAGCUCGCCAAGCGCCUGGCGGCGAGGGGCCACGCCGUCACCUUCCUUUCCACGCCCAGGAACGUCGCCAGGCUCCCGCCCGUGCCGACGCACCUGUCGUCCCGCAUCCGCCUAGUGGCGCUGCCGGCACCGAGAGUGGAGGGCCUGCCCGAGGGGGCCGAGUCCACGGCCGACGUGCCGCCGGAGAAGAACGAGCUCAUCAAGAAGGCGGUCGACGCCCUCGCGGUCCCGUUCGCAGCGUUUCUCGCGGACGCUACCACCGGCGGGAGCAAGCCGGACUGGAUCGUCAACGACUUUUGCCACCACUGGCUCCCGGCAAUUGCCGACGAACACAAGGUGCCAUGCGCCAUGUUCGUGAUCGUGCAGGCCACCAUGAUGGCCUUUCUGGGGCCGCGGUGGGCGAACGACGUGCACCCGCGCACGACGUUGGAGGACUUCACCGUGCCACCCAAUUGGUGCCCGUUCCCUCCCGCCAUCGCCUACCGCCGCCACGAGGCCGCGUGGACAGCCGGUGCAUUCCAGCCCAACGCGUCCGAGGUGUCCGACGUGGACCGCUUGUGGCAGAUCAUCGAGCGCUCCCGCCUCACCAUCUACCGCAGCUGCGACGAGGUGGAGCCCGGGGUGUUCGCCCUCCUCACCGACCUCUUCCAAAAGCCAGCCAUCCCCGCCGGGGUCCUUUUACAGCCCAAACUCGAUGAUGGCGAUGGCGACUCCAGCUCAUGUUCCGAGGUCCUUCGUUGGCUGGACAACCAGCCUCCAAAGUCCGUCAUCUACGUCGCACUGGGAAGCGAGGCGCCGCUGACUGCCAACAACCUGCACGAGCUCGCGUUGGGCCUUGAACUCGCCGGCGUCCGCUUCAUGUGGUCUUUCCGGAAGCCGGCCGGCACGUCCGCACCCGACGCCGACGUGGUCCGGCUGUUGCCGGCAGGGUUCGAGGAGCGGACACGGGGACACGGCCUGGUGUGGCCGGGGUGGGUGCCGCAGGUCCGGGUGCUCGCGCACGGCGCGGUGGGCGCGUUCCUAACGCACUGCGGGUGGGGCUCCACCAUCGAGAGCCUCGUGUUCGGGCACCCGCUGGUGAUGCUGCCGUUCGUCGUCGACCAGGGCCUCAUCGCGCGGACGAUGGCGGAGCGGGGCGUCGGCGUGGAGGUGGCGAGGGACGACAGCGACGGAUGGUUCGGUAGAGACGGCGUCGCGGCUGCGGUGCGGCGCGUCAUGGUGGAUGAAGAAGGGAAGGUCUUUGCAAGCAAUGUGAGGAAGCUGAAGGAAGUUCUUAGCGAUCAGCGACGGCAGGAUCAGUACAUGGACGAGCUUGUAGGGUAUCUCAGACGCUACAGGGAUGACAACUGUUAGAACAUUUCUGUUCAAUGACGAAUUAAAAUUUAAAGGCGUUUAUAUCAUCAAGGCCAAUCGCUCAAUUUUAUUCGUUCGAUUCGAGCUUCAAGAUUCGUGCUAGGAGAAAUUCAUCGUAUGUAUCACACUGUCAUUCGCACGUUGUCACGUACGUGGAAAGAAUAACUUGCGAUCUUCGUGAGGUCCGUGCAAGACCACAC